AUGCAGCCAUUUCCUUGCGAACAGAUCUUGAAGUGGGCGUUCGCGCUGAUGGCGGUGGCUGCGGCCGCCGGCCAAAGAGACCACGAGGAAGAACAUGUGCCUGAAGCUCCUGAAGAGGCAUCUGACAUUGACACUCCUGAAGAAGGGCCAGAAACCCGCACUGGUAACUCAGGCACUCCUGCUGACGAUGCAGCUGCUGACACUGCUGCUGACGGCGACGAGAAGGACGCGCCCUCGACCAGAUUUGGUCUCCACGGCGCUGGCUUCCAUCAAGGUGGUCUUCAAGCCGGCUUCGGGGCUCAACCAGGCUUCGUUGGUCAGCCUGGGUUUGCAGGCCAGGCUGGGUUUGCAGGUCAGCCUGUUGUAGGAGGUCAGCCUGGGUUUGCAGGUCAGCCUGUUGUAGGGGCUCAGCCUGGGUUUGCAGGGCAGCCUGUAGUAGGGGGUCAGCCUGGGUUUGUAGGUCAGCCUGCCAUUGGAGGUCAAGUUGCACUGGGAACUCAGGCAGGAUUUGGUGGCCAGGCAGGGUUCCCCAUCCGGCCGCCUCUGCCUCUCCCGAGUAACAACUGCCGGCAGUGGUGCCGAGGCAAAUACCCCAGGCAAUUCUACUGCUGCGAAGACAACUCCAAGCCCGUCACCAUUCCCAUCAACAAGCCGGGGUCCUGCCCACCAACCCGCCCCGUCUGCCCCAGGUUCUACACGCCCCCUCCCGUAGGACCCCAGACCUGCGGCGACGACAGCAAGUGCCCCGGCUACGACAAGUGCUGCUUCGACAUCUGCCUCGAGGAACACGUCUGCAAACCAGCUGUCGUUUGAGCAUGAGACAUCGAGAAUGCAUGAAGUCUAAUAUGUAUAUUGGAGAGGCCUUUGAAAAUUUGAUUGUGAUUGGAUUUUGGCUCUGAGCUUAUGCAGAAUAUAUAUAUAUAUAUGAUAUAUGAUAGCUUAUUCAAAAAUAUAUAUGAUAUCCUUAAGGCUUUUUUAGUGAAUUAUAUACGAAUUAGGUAGGAUGUCCU